AUGGCGGAGCUCACUACUACGAAGCUCAAUGCUGAGUCGCACCUCAUCCUGGAUCAACCACUCCUCCGCAUGCCUUACGAGCUCUCUCGGCGCAACCAAAAAACAGCCCAACGCUACAUCGAGAACAGCACAAAAGACGUCCUCUCGAACCUUACGGCCGCGGUCAAAGCCUCCACCAAGUCCGCUUCGCCCGAUGCCACACUGGCCUCACUCGACUCCAUCAUCACAAAAAUGCAAGGGCUCAAGCGCAAGAUGGAGAACCUGCACGAGGAGGAGAUGCGGAUCCACAAAAGUAAUCGCGCGCGACUGGAACACUUACAGGAUCUCUACGAGGUGCAGAGCUUGGUAGAUGUUAAGUACGACGAGUGGAGCCGGGUGCGGCUGUCGCGGCUACUCGUCGACUAUCUCUUACGGGAAGGAUAUUCGGAGAGCGCGGCGCAUUUGGCGGCCAGCCAGGAAAUACAAGAUCUGGUAGACGUGGAUGCCUUCGUGGCAUGUCAUAAGAUCGAAAGAAGCCUCCGGGAAGAGAAGAGUACCACACUUGCGCUUAACUGGUGCAAGGAGAAUGCAAAGGAAUUGAAGAAGCACGGCAACCAUCUCGAGUUUGACCUCAGGUUACAGCAGUACAUCGAGCUAGUGCGGCAGGGUCACGAAAAGGGUAUCGACGGCGACAUCGAUAUGUACGGCGACGGCGUGGACGGGAUCAGCUUAGGGUCCUCGCGGGCGGGCGGCGGAGAGCAAAAAUUGAUGGAAGCCAGAAUACACGCCAAAAGGUAUCUCAGCGGCAGCGAAGACUUUAAGCUACUGGGUCGAGCAGCCGGGUUACUUGCGUACAAGCCAUGGGAUCAAGUCGAACCCUAUGCCUCCCUCUACUCCCCAACCCGCUGGACGUCCCUAGCCACCCUCUUUCUAAAGACACACCACACGCUCUAUUCUCUCCCACCCCGCCCACUUCUGCACAUUGCCCUCUCUGCUGGCCUCUCCGCCCUCAAAACCCCUUCCUGCCACUCUGCCUAUGCCGCUUCAUCCGGAAACCUAGCACUCUCCUCCACCACGUCUGUCUGCCCUAUCUGCAGCACUGAACUCAACGAUCUUGCCCGCAACGUUCCCUACGCACUCCAUACAAAGAGCAUUGUCGAGGCUGACCCUGUUGUGCUGCCGAAUGGUAGGGUGUAUGGGAAGGAGCGCUUGAAGGGAUUUAAUGAGGGAUUAGGAACUGAGAAAGGGUGGGUGAGGGAUCCGGUCGAAGGGCUUGGUGGGGAGAGGUGGAGGGAGAGUCUGGUGAGGAAAGUUUUCAUCAUGUGA